CUGAACAAAUUCUAUGAGGCUCUUGGAGUGGCCUUCAAUUUACAGCGACCCUCCUAACUCAGCCUCCCAACGCCUGGCCUUGCUACUGAACUUUUGCACGGAAUCCGCCGCUCCCCCUUCCUGGAGUCCGAGGGGUUGCUAUGACAACAAAGCACGCGCUGCCCAGAGCUCAAUCCUGCAGCCGUUUGUCUUCCUCCCGGUAACUCCGCGCACCCCUGGCACCUGGGCGCAUCGCUAGCGAGGCCCGGAGAGGAGCUGCGGGACAGCAUGGCCAAAGCAGCAGCUUCCUCGGCGCUGGAGGACUUGGACCUGAGCGGAGAGGAGGUCGAGCGGCUCACCUCGGCCUUUCAGGACCCGGAGUUCCGCAGAAUGUUCUCGGAGUACGCCGAGGAGCUCACGGACCCGGAAAACCGGCGACGCUACGAGGAGGAAAUCACGGCUCUGGAGCGGGAGCGCGGCGUGGAGGUGCGGUUCGUGCACCCGGAGCCCGGCCACGUGCUGCGCACCAGCCUGGACGGGGUGGGACGCUGCUACGUGAACGUGUGCAGCAACCCGCUGGUCGGCGCGCCCAGCAGCCGGCCGGGGUCGGAGCGCGGCGCCGCGGCGGCCGGCAGUCACUGGUCCCUGCCCUACAGCCUGGCUCCGGGCCGCCCGUACGCCGGCCGCCGCGGCGGGCGCUACACCGUCUACGACGUGGUCUUCCACCCGGACGCCUUGGCGCUGGCCCGGCGCCACCCGCGCUUCCGCCACAUGCUGGACACCACGGCCCUGGAGGCGGUCGAGCAGCAAUUCGGCGUCAGGCUGGACCGCAGAAACGCCAAGACCCUGAAGAUGAAAUACAAGGGCACCCCGGAGGCCGCGGUGCUGCGCACGCCCCUCUCGGAAGACGCCCAGGCGCGGCCCGAGGAGGAGCCAGAGAGUCCACUCCCGGAUCUCCCCUAUCCCUACCGCUUCCCCGCCCGGGCCCCGCCCCCGCCGCCGCCCCCGCCCCCGGAGCCCGCCCCUCCCGCCGCCCCGCAGCGGCCUGCCCCCACCGAGCCCCGCUACCGCGUGGUGCAGCGCCACCACGUGGACCUCCAAGACUACCGCUGCUCCCGCGACUCGGCCCCGAGCCCCGUGCCGCGCGAGCUGGUGGUCACCAUCGAGCUGCCGCUGCUGCGCUCCGCACAAGAGGCGGCGCUGGAGGUGACCGGGAAGCUGCUGUGCCUCGACUCCACGAAGCCCGACUACCGGCUGCGGCUCCCGCUCCCGUACCCGGUGGACGACAGCCGCGGCAAGGCGCAGUUCAACAAGGCCCGGCGGCAGCUGCAGGUCACGCUGCCCGUGGCGCUGCCCGCCGCGUGCCCCGCGGCGCCGGAAGAAUCCGAGGCCCCGUCCGGAACUGACGGCGCGGUCGGCGAUUCCGGAUGCGAGGGACCCGCGGAGGGUCGUGCGGGAGACCCCGGCCGGGACCCGUGCCCAGCCGUCUCGGUGCCUGCCAGCGUCACCACCCCUGACGCCACGCUGGGGACGCCUCCGCCAGCCGGCGGCGAGGGUGACCCCGGCCCCGAACCCGAGGAGCGGGAGCGCAGCGGGGACUCGCUGUCGCCUCCUCCCGGAGCCCGGAGCGCACCCGAGGACGGAAGUGCUGUCCGCCCGCUCGCGGCGUCCCUGCCUCCGGACGGAGACUCCCCUGCGGAAGGACGGGGCGCGCUCGCCUUGCGGCGGGACACGAGCAGCCAGCCCGCGGGCCUCACCAUGGGUGACCCGGGCACCGAGGACCGACAGCCCUCCUGUCCUCCUCUGCAGUGUAAUCAGGACGAAGAAUCCUUGACUCUCCUAGUUCAGGUGCCUCGGAUCCAGCCACAGAGUCUACAAGGGGUCCUGAACCCCCUCCGCUACAAACUGUGCUUCUCCGCGCAAGACACGGCGUAUUCCUUCUCCUUGCAGUUUGCUGCGCACAAUAAACUGAGUACCCAAGAACCCGAAAUCAGCAUUUCUUUAGACAAUGCUGUGAUAGUACUGGUCAAAUCUCCCGAGUGCCGAGGGCAUUGGAGAGAGUGGUACUGUGGCUUGGACGACGAUGCUUUGGAGGAAAGGCUGUUUGUCAGUGAAGAAAAUGUUAAUGAGUUUCUUGAAGAGGUCCUGAGCUCUCCAUUGCAACAGGCAAUGCCCCUAACCCCACCAUUAAUUGAAGUUCUUCAGGUUACUGAUGAGAAGGUUCAAAUUCAUGCAAAGCAGCAAGAAUGCAGUAAUCCUGGUCUGCUUCAAGGAAAGGAAAGAAGAGUCAAUGAAGGAAGUCAUUUAACUGAAGAGAAUAUUGAACCUACUACCACCUCUGCAACAGAUUCUGAUGCACCUGAAUCAGUUACAGCACUGAAAAUGGAUGCUUGUGAUGUAGUUGCAGGUUUACAAGUACAGUCUCCUGAUGGUCCUCAAGUGCUCUUUGGAAAAUCUCAGCAACCUGAGACUAAAAUGGAACCUGAAUGUAUAAAGGAAAUGAGUGAUAGUUACUCAGCUGAGAAAAAAGAUAAUUUAAAGGAAACAAUAACCAAAGAAAAAGAAUUAGAUGGAGAUCACCUGUCUUCAUUACCAAACAAAACCAGAGUUCAUAAUACACCUGAUUUCGACAGCAUAAAAGAAACUAAUAUGCAGGAUGGUAGUGUGCAGAUUAUUAAAGAUCACACAACUCAUUGUGCAUUCAGUUUUGAAAAUUCUUUAUUAUAUGAUUUGGAUUAAUUUUAUAUAAGUUUAUAAUUUUUAAUAUUGAAUAAAACAUUUUUGGUCUUAAA